ACAAGCACUCUUUAGUGGGCAGAGACAAUUGGCAAGCUAACAAAUGAAUAAACAGGAUAACUUUUAGAGAGACAUAUGCUGCGUGGAAAAUAAGAGUGUAACCCUAGAGCAGUUUUGCACAUUGGAAUAUUUAACCCAGGAUGGGAAGUCAGACAAGGCUUCCAGACGACGGGCAGACAGAGGGAGUGGGGGUGAUGGCAAACAGUGACUGAGAAAGGAGAGAACUUUAGAUGUGGAGUUAGGAAGGCCUCUCUUAAACGGUGGCACCUGAGGGAAACCAAGAGGCAACCAAGGGAAGACCUGGGUAGGACUUCCAGGCACAAAGUAAUAGCUAGGGUAACUAUCCAGGAGAGGGUCCAGAAAGGCAUGGAGCCAGCGUGCCCAAGGAGAAGAAAGAAGAAAGAAGACAGCAGAGAAAGGGCUUUGAAGACCAGUGUAAAAUGUUGGAUUCCAUUCUAGACACCAGGGGUGGGCUUGGAACGGUGGUACACGGCCACACGCCUCGACUGGGAGGGGGCCUUCGCGCCGCCUCCUCUUGUGACGUCACUGGACUGUGACGUCACGGCAAGAAGCUCCAGCUCCUCCAGCCCCCGAGCCCCCGUCUGGCAGUAACAUCGCGGCGGGUGCCGAGGCAGCUGGCUGCGCCAUGAAACCUUAGGAGGCCAUGUCGAAACGCGACGUCACCCUCACCAAUAUCACCGUUGUCCAGCUCCUGCGACAGUCGUGCCCAGCACCGGGUUUGCCGGCAAAACCCCCGCCCCCAGCACCACCCCCUCCGGAGCCCCAGCCAAUCAAAGAGCAAGUCCCAUCACCUCCGCCUCCUGCACCUAAGGAUUCUGUGGUUCGGGAGCUGACUGUUGGCAUCAAUGGAUCUGGACGCGUUGGUCACCUGGUUCUGCGCGCCUGCGUGGAGAAGGGUGUUAAGGUGGUAGCAGUGAACGAUCCGUUCAUCGACCCAGAAUACAUGGUGUACAUGUUUAAGUAUGACUCCACCCACGGCCAAUACAAGGGGAGCAUGGAAUACAGGAAAGGACGGCUGGUCAUCCGUAACAAUGAGAUCAGCGUCUUUUAGUGCAAGCAGCCCAAAGAAAUCCCCUGGAAGUCUGUUGGGAGCCCCUUUGUGGUGGAGGCCACAGGCGUGUACCUGUCCUUAGAGGAAACUACAGCCCACAUUGAGGCAGGUGCCCUGCGUGUGGUCAUCUGUGCACCCUCUCCAGAUGCUCCCAUGUUUGUCAUGGGGGUGAACGAAAAGGACUAUAACCCCGGCUCCAUGAAAAUUGUCAGCAACGCAUCCUGCACCACCAACUGCCUGGCCCCCCUCGCCAAGGUCAUCCAUGAGCGAUCUGGGAUUGUGGAAGGGCUGAUGACCACAGUCCAUUCCUACACUGCCACUCAGAAGACAGUGGAUGGGGCAUCGAAAAAGGCCUGGUGAGACGGACGGGGUGCGCACCAGAAUAUCAUCCCAGCCUCCACAGGGGCUGCCAAGGCCGUGGGCAAAGUCAUCCCAGACCUCCAAGGGAAGCUGACGGGAAUGGUGUUCCGAGUGCCAAUCCCAGUCGUGUCUGUUGUGGACCUGACCUGCCGCCUGGCCCAGCCUACCCGGUACUCAGACAUCAAGGAGGCCAUAAAAGCAGCAGCCAAGGGGCCCAUGGCUGGCAUCCUUGCCUACACUGAGGAUGAGUUCGUGUCCACGGACUUCGUUAGCGAUACCCAUUCAUCUAUCUUUGAUGCUAAGGCUGGCAUCGCGCUCAACGACAACUUCGUGAAGCUCAUUUCCUGGUACAACAACGAAUAUGGCUACAGUCAUCGAGUGGUGGACCUCCUCCGCUACAUGUUCAGCCGAGACAAGAGAAGCAGGCUGGCCCGCCUCAGUUUCCCAGUGCUCCCGGGCCAGUACGGGUCUCUCGCGUCCCCGCCCUCGGCCCCCCGGGGGAAAGAGGGCGUCCCGCACGAGGGGCCCGCGCCUCUGGGCCAACGGUGA